CGUGAUGAUGGCGUCUCUCGGUAACUCCGGCAGCGCCUCCAGCCCGAUGGUCAUGCUCGCUCCCAAAACCAAGACUAAAAAGAGACAUUUCAUGCAGCAAAAGGUGAAGGUGUUCCGGGCGAGCGACCCGAUGCUCAGCGUGUUCAUGUGGGGCGUAAAUCAUUCGAUCAAUGAUUUAAAUCAAGUUCCAGUGCCUGUCAUGCUGCUCCCUGACGACUUCAAAGCCAACACCAAAAUUAAAGUGAACAACCACCUCUUCAACAAGGAGAAUCUUCCAAGCCAUUUUAAGUUCAAGGAGUAUUGUCCACAAGUUUUCAGAAACCUCAGGGAGCGAUUUGGAAUUGAAGAUCUUGACUACCAGGCAUCUCUGGCCCGCAGUGCUCCUAUGAAAGGCGACGGACAGGGGGAAGGUCUUCUCUUCACGUCCUAUGACCGCACGCUGAUCGUCAAGCAGAUCUCCAGUGAAGAAGUAGCCGAUAUGCAUAACAUUCUGUCCGAGUAUCACCAGCAUAUAGUGAAGUGUCAUGGCAGCACACUCCUCCCUCAGUUUCUGGGCAUGUACCGCAUUACGGUGGAGAGCGAAGACACGUACCUGAUUGUCAUGAGGAACAUGUUCAGCCACAGACUCCUCGUCCACCGAAAAUACGACCUGAAGGGUUCUCUGGUAGAUCGUGAGGCCAGUGACAAAGAGAAGGUAAAAGAGCUGCCCACUUUUAAAGACAUGGAUUUCAGAAAUAACAUGCAGAAGGUUUAUGUGACAGAGGAACAGAAAGAGAAGAUGAUGGAGAAGCUCAAUCGAGAUGUAGAGUUCCUGGUGAAGCUGAAGAUAAUGGACUACAGUCUUCUUCUGGGCAUCCAUGACGUGGCGCGAGGUGAGCGUGAGGAAGAGGAGGCCGAAGAGCCCUGCUACGAAGACGAUGCUGAUCCAGAGAACGGUCUGGCUCCGGCUCUGCAGGUGGGCUCCUACGGGACGUCCCCUGAGGGCAUCGCUGGAUACAUGAACUCCAUCAAACCGCUGGGCCCUGGAGAGUUUGACCCUUACAUUGAUGUAUACGCUGUCAAAAGUGCUCCAGGAGCGCCGCAGAGGGAGGUGUAUUUCAUGGGCCUGAUCGACGUGUUGACUCAGUAUGACACUAAGAAGAAGGCAGCACACGCCGCAAAGACUGUUAAACAUGGCGCUGGUGCUGAAAUAUCUACGGUUCAUCCAGAACAGUACGCCAAACGAUUCCGAGAAUUCAUCUCCAACAUUUUUGCAUAACCUCUUCUGGAUCAACACUUUAAGGGUGACAAUAUGACAUGGAUCUUGUUCUUCAGCAGUUUCAUCAGAUCCUCUCAACACAACUUUGCAGUUUCUGUCCAUUCCCAUCACAUAGGUUUAUUUUCUCCUCCUUCUAGCAUCUGUUUAAUGUUUUCAGAAAAAUGAUCCUGAUGAUCUUAAAGCGUGACACGUUAGCAAGAACCGGACUCUCUCAUCCACACUCCAGCAUUGUACAUCAACCGUGUGUUUCACAAAUCAAUAGAAAUCAGUCACCUCGUGGCUCCAUCCACAAAUAUGUGCGCAUUUGCCUAAUCUUUUAAGAAGAUAUUAAACCCGUAGCAGUGACAUAACUAUAGCCCCUGGUGUGUUUUCUCCCUCUCUCUGGACUUUGGAUAGGCAGAGAGAGAAACCACCGCCUUAAACCCAGUAUGAAGGAAAAAUAGCUGAAAAUCAUGCUUAAAGUGCAUGUUAGCCUCACUUCAUGCAUACCUGUACAGCACUCGAAUGUUGGAAAGAUACUUUAGAAGACGUCAAAACAAAAACAUAUAUAAGGGCAGCCAGAGACCGUAAACGUGUCUGGAUUAAAGUAAUAUUCUGAAUUGAAUGCCGACUGUUUAUAUGUGGAUGGACGGAGCACACAUUAUUACACGUAUAUCUCUCAUAUUUGAGCUACUUUAUGCAGUUAGCCUUAUAAGAGGGAUUUUUUCUUGGUAGUUUGUAGCUGAAAUACACUGCGCUGAUUUAGGAUGAAAUGCCUUAUUGUUGCAUUUUAUUUAUUUUUUUGCGAAUCAGUGUUUUGGACCAAAUAUAUUUUUCAAGAGACCAGAUUCCCCUCCAAAAAAAAAAAAAAAAAAAAA